UCUCUGAUUCAAACUCUGUACAGCUUCUUCGUAACCCUAAUUCCCUCUCUACAACUCGAAUUCGAGUUCUUCUGCUUCUAGGCUUCACGGAAUUUCACAGCUUCUUGAGCAAGAUUAGUGUCUGUUGAGGCCGAUAACAUCGGAAGCUCGUCAACGGUUCUGUUGAAGCAUCAGAGCUCCAGUGUAUGAACUUUCUAUGUCCACAGAAACGCUGAAUUUGGAGUCUUUUCGAGGUUGUUGUACUGUUUCGCUUUUGAAAAAUUUGGAGGGAACUUAGGAAGGUGAUGUAGGGUGCUUGGGAUCUGCAGAAGUGUUUGGUAUUGGAUUUGUCAAGCCUUGGUCUUCGACAUUUUGGCGGGAGAAGGUUGGGGGCGGUUUGCAUUUGAGUUUUUGAAGUGGUACAUGGGUUGGUUUUUAGGGUUUCAGUGAGGUGUUUGGGAAGAUGUUUUAUUCGCAGUUUAUAUUGGCCAAGAAAGGGCCACUUGGAAACAUAUGGAUUGCGGCACAUUUGGAACGGAAGCUGCGGAAGAAUCAGGUGGCUGAUACUGAUAUUGGCGUCUCUGUGGACUCAAUUCUUUUCCCUGAAGUACCAAUUGCUCUUCGGUUAUCUAGCCAUCUUCUGCUUGGGGUGGUGAGGAUAUAUUCCCGAAAGGUGAAUUAUCUUUUCCAUGAUUGCAGUGAGGCUUUGCUUCAGAUAAAGCAAGCUUUUCGUUCCACUGUGGUUGAUCUGCCACCGGAUGAAUCUACUGCGCCUUAUCACUCCAUUACUUUGCCAGAGACUUUUGAUCUUGAUGAUUUCGAGCUGCCAGACAGUGCACUUUUUCAGGGUAACUAUGUCGACCAUCAUGUCAGUACGAGGGAGCAGAUUACACUUCAAGAUACCAUGGAUGGUGUGGUCUAUUCUACUUCACAGUUUGGAUUGGAUGAGAGGUUUGGUGAUGGUGAUACUUCUCAGAUUGGCUUAGAUCUUGAUGAGGACUUGUUUUCAGAUAAAGCUGCAGCUUCUCAACAUGCUGAAGAUUUGUUGCCUUCAGAAGAGAAUGUGGGUCCUGCAUGUGGUGAACCCAUGACACCGUUCACUGGCAUGGAUAUUGUUGAGGAUGAUAAUAAUAACGAGAUGACAGGUGAAAUUCCAGAAGUCAUAUUGUUUGAUGGUAGUGGAAAACAUAUUGGUUCAGAUGCCCAAGAGGUGAAGAUGGAUGAUAAAUCUGCCAUUCAUAAUGAUCAAAUUAAAAGCCCAGAUUUAAAUGCUGAGGGCUUUUGGUACAAACAGAUUGAGGGCCAAUCUGCAAAUCCUACAACAGAUUUGGUUGGGUUUACUCUGUCCCCUUCUACCAAUGCAUUAGCAGAUGAUGCAAUCCUGGCCAAUGUUGAAGAGGAUCUUAAUAAAAUGGCUUCACCAUGCCAAUCUCAAGAUUGGAAUUCAAUAAAUUUGGUGGUGACAGGGAAACCGGGUGAUUCUAUAAAAGGACCAGAUGCUCAUAUUGGAAAUGAGAACAAUGCAUUGGAGUGCCUUUUGCUUAAUGAUGAGAAUUCUGGGGCUGAUGUCCUUUGCAUGCCCAGUGGAAAAAAUGAGUCUCUUAUGGGUGGUGUACAGGCAAUCCAUGUGAAGCAACAAGGAUACUCUACACCUUCUGCAGAAGGUAUGGAUCCAGUAAUAUCUGGUAUUUCUCGUUUAGUUUCCUCGCCUACUUCGGUUCUAGCUGAACAACCUAAACCUGUUUCUCCAGUUUCAGAGUGUUCAGACAGAAUUGCAGCUGUGUUGGAUGGUCAGGAUGGGGUUAUUAGUAACAAUGGGUUGAGUAUUUAUAUUUCUCCUAUUGAACAAAUACAUGCAAAAGGUAUGGCCACCCAAGAAAUUGCUGUUGACACAACUGUUGCAUUUUCAGCUUGUUCUCAUGAAGCUAUCAUGCUGGAGGAAGCCUGUAGUAGACCACCUUGUGAAUAUGACAGUGUUUCAAACAAGGAGACUUCUGACUCAGAAGCUUUGAAGAGUGUGGAACUUGUUGGAGAUGGUGCUGAAUUGUGUUCAUGUAUUCAAGAAUUGCAGUCUGGUGCUGAUUUUCAAUCAGGAUCAGUAGUUAGAUAUGAGCUUGAUCAAGUUGAAGGUAAUCCUUCUGCACAGCCACAAGAUUCCAAUAUCAUGAAUAGAUAUGGCCCCAGUGAAAAAUCUCAUGCUGGCAGCCAUUUGCUUCAGCCAUGCAGUUUGCAGUCUAACCAACUUGGUGUAUCAUCUCUCCCAGAUGGUAGUUUUGUAGAAAAUAUCCCUGACAUGUCCUGCAGAGGAGAUGGGCUGUGCUUUACCCCGGCAGCAGAAAGGGGGGAGAUGCCACAGGGUUCUACACCUUCUGUUGAUAUGCAAGGUGAAGGGUGUAACCAAGGCUUGGUUGGAAAUCCAAUUGUGGAACCAUUUCAGUCUGAAGAUGUUCAGGCAGUUAGCAAGUUAGAUGAGCACCUGAAUGGUGUCGUACUGGAAGACACCCAAUUGCAAACUUCCAAUUUUUCAGCCAGUUCUGACUUGCCUGCACCUGAAACAUUGCUUUCAGUGCCAGAAGGGGCUGAAUUACCGGCUGAUGUAAUGCUUGAACCAAUUCUAGAUGAAGGAAGCCACCCAACCAAAGGAAGUGGGGAUGUGUCGAAAAUCCUUUCUGGUAAAAGGUAUCGUUCAAUAGAAUAUACACCAGUUCUGCAGAGUGGGAAUUCAGCCAAGCUUUCUGGGGUGCCGCAGUCGAGAAAUGUGGAUUCCAUUCCUGAUGAUAAUGAUUUACUGUCAUCCAUUUUAGUUGGAAGGAGAUCUUCAGCUUUGAAAGUGAGACCUACUCCGCCAUCUGAAGUACCAUCUUCAAAACGUCUUCGAGUGGCAACCCGUGUCCAUGCCCCUAAGAGGAAGGUUCUUUUGGAUGAUACCAUGGUCUUGCAUGGCGAUACAAUACGACAGCAAUUGACAAAUACAGAGGACAUACGCCGAAUACAAAGGAAAGCUCCUUGUACCCGUCCCGAAAUUUGGAUGAUUCAGAAGCAAUUACUUGAAAUUGAGAUAUUCAAUGAACCUAUUUUCACUGGAAUGUCAAUGCAGUUGAUUGAUUUGCAGAAUCGAACAUAUGAUUUCUCUAAAGCUGGGCUUCCCCAAAUUGAUGCAAAUUGCACUCCUUUGGGAGUACAAAAGGGUAGGGAGCAGGCAGUAAGCAUAAAUGUUGCCAAAGAAACUGGUUUGGAAGGUUGCAGCGAGGAUGUUGCUGUCAGAAAUGAUGGGGAAAUGCUACCUGCUGGAAUCCAUGUCCAGGUUGAGGAAAAACAUUCCAAAGAGCAUGCUAUCUUAGAGGGUUGUGGUGUGGUUGUACUGGUGACAAAUGAAGGUGAAGCACAAACAGCUUCAUUGGACUCAUCAAAAGAUGGACGGUUGGAGGAAAUAAAUGCCAUGGAAAUAAACAGAGUUGAUGAUGGAAUUUCUGAUGUAAUGGGUCAUGCUGCUACUCAAGGGUCUAAGCUGGCAGUGCCCUCUGGUCCUCUUUCGGGAGAUAAUAGUAAUCUGUUAGCUGAUUCUCUCAAGUUGUCUCCUGUGGAUAACAGUUGUGGAGCAGAAGUUAUUCUGCAGAAUGAUGAGGGACAUUCACCAAAAGAUCAGAAAUUGGGCCUCCAACCUGAUGAAAAGGGUGCUUUAAUCAUGGGUGACAAUGACGGCAAUGAUGUUCAGGCCCUUCAUAUUGUGGAAGUGAAUGGGAAAAGCUCAAUUUCACCCAAGGCUGUACCUGCUGCAAAGGAUGAGUCUUCACCGGUGGAAGCAGAAGGUGGCUUGUUAUCAGAGUUUCCUCAAGACUGCCAAAUUGGCGUGGAGGAGAAUACCUCCUCUCCAAUCGGUGCUGCUGAAUUGGACAACUGUUCGGUUGUUACAAGGGCUGAUGUGCAACUAGAUUCCUCUGCCCUCUCAUUUGAAACUAUAAAUUCUUCCUUUCCAAGCAUGUGCUUGGACAGUGGUGAGCAAACUGUUGUAGUUAUUGUAACUGGAGACCAGAACCUUGGAGGAAAUAAUGGGCUUUUAGAUAAGAAUGUGAUGAGGUCUGAACAAGUGAGGGAUGAAGAUGGUGUGACUAUCCGUAUGGAAGAUGCUAUAUUAGAACCUAAUAUGGACAUGGAAGAUGUGUCCUCUCAUAGAGGUGGAGAUCCAGGUUGUAUGGGUGCCAAUCAAAAGAACACUACAGAUGCUGAAAAUAGCAUGUUACAUAGUUCUGCUGCUAGGGACUCUGAUGUUUUUGAGGACGUAAUGGAUGAGAAUGAUACAGAGUUUCUUAAUGUAGAUGAUGAUGAAGUGGCUGGAGAAGAGGACAACAAUAUGCCAAGUGCUGAAGAGUUUUUUGAGAACAGUGGAUGGUCUUCCCGUACAAGGGCUGUUGCAAGGUAUCUCCAAACCUUGUUUGAUAAUGACGCUGGUCAUGAAAGAAAAGUUGUUCAUAUGGACAACCUCUUGGCUGGUAAAACGCGGAAGGAAUCAGCCAGGAUGUUUUUUGAGACUUUGGUUCUUAAAACAAGGGACUACAUUCAUGUUGAACAAGAGAAUUCAUUUGACAAUAUCAAUAUAAAGUCUAGAGGAAAACUAAUGAAAGCAAACUUUUGAUCACCUUCAUAGACAAGUAGCUAGCACAUACCCUUGUAUUCUACAAUGCUGAUUGCUCGACCCUCUGGAUCUUUUGUCGUCUCAAUUAUUGUAAAUUUUUUUGUCUAAGUU